UCGUGUUCUACCUUUGCAUCAGGCACUGCUAUUACCUUUCUUUCUUUGCAUUUUGCUUGUUGCAUCCAUUUGAAUGCUGUUCUUCUCUUUUACCAUAUAUGCCUUGUUUUUCUAUAUAUAUAUAUAUGAACUUUCUUCUCUUAACCAUUUCAAUACUCUGUUCUCCUUACAAAAACAAAUGUAAUUCUUGGUUGGGUUAAACUAAAUGCAGGAAAGGAAUUAUUAGCUACUUGUGAAAUUGAUAUUAAAGGUUUGGGUUUUCCUUGAUAGAGAGUAUGCCUGGGAAUAAGUAUAACGGUAGUUCCAACCAUAUACCAGGUCGUAUUGAACGACUUUUAAGAGAUAGAGAGUUAAGAAAAAGCAGCAGAAUAUCUGAGUCCAUUGAGAAUAAUAAUAAUAAUAGUAAUAAUAAUAAUAAUAGGGUUACUGAACUUUAUGAGCAUGACCAGCGCUUAAGAGAAGAUGAAAACAACUUAGAUGAUGUUGAACGGUUACUGGAAGGGGUUGCAGCAACAAGGUUGUGUAGUGAGGGAUAUGAAAGGAAAGAUGGGAAGCCUUUUAGACAAAGGCUUUUGGUUGUGGCUAACAGGUUGCCAGUUUCAGCUAAUAGGAAAGGUGAGGAUUCUUGGUCUUUGGAGAUGAGUUCUGGUGGAUUAGUGACCGCUCUUUUAGGUGUGAAGGAGUUUGAGGCACGGUGGAUAGGUUGGGCUGGUGUCAAUGUUCCAGAUGAGAUUGGACAGAAGACACUUACUGAAGCAUUGGCUGAAAAGAGGUGUAUACCUGUAUUUCUUGAUGAAGAGAUUGUUCAUCAAUAUUAUAAUGGGUAUUGCAACAACAUCUUGUGGCCCCUUUUCCAUUACCUUGGACUUCCACAAGAAGACCGCCUUGCCACCACACGCAGUUUCCAGUCUCAGUAUGCAGCGUAUGAGAAAGCAAACCAAAUGUUUGCUGAUGUUGUGAACAAACACUAUGAAGAGGGUGAUGUUGUUUGGUGCCAUGAUUACCAUCUUAUGUUCCUUCCAAAAUGCUUAAAGAAAUAUAACAACAAUAUGAAAGUCGGAUGGUUUCUCCACACCCCAUUUCCAUCUUCUGAAAUUCACAGGACACUGCCGUCUCGUUCAGAGAUCCUGCAUUCCGUUCUUGCAGCUGACUUAGUUGGUUUUCACACCUACGAUUAUGCUAGACAUUUUGUUAGUGCUUGUACUCGUAUCCUUGGACUUGAGGGUACACCUGAUGGGGUUGAGUAUCAAGGGAAGCUGACUCGAGUUGCUGCAUUUCCAAUUGGGAUAGACUCAGAACGAUUUAUACGUGCACUUGACCUUCCACCAGUACAGGAACACAUCAAAGAAUUACUAGGAAGAUUUGAAGGCAGAAAGGUAAUGUUAGGCGUUGAUCGCCUUGACAUGAUUAAAGGAAUCCCUCAGAAAAUUCUAGCAUUUGAAAAAUUUUUGGAAGAAAAUGCUUAUUGGCGUGAUAAAGUCGUUUUGCUUCAAAUCGCUGUGCCAACAAGAACAGAUGUUCCUGAGUAUCAAAAGCUUACAAGCCAGGUUCAUGAAAUUGUUGGUCGAAUCAAUGGCAGAUUUGGAUCAUUGACUGCUGUUCCUAUACAUCACCUGGAUCGCUCUCUUGACUUCCAUGCACUAUGUGCUUUAUAUGCUGUUACGGAUGUAGCACUAGUCACAUCUUUGAGGGAUGGAAUGAAUCUUGUCAGCUAUGAAUUUGUGGCCUGCCAGGAGAAAAAGAAAGGGGUUCUCAUUCUUAGUGAAUUUGCUGGUGCAGCACAGUCUCUCGGUGCUGGGGCAAUUCUUGUCAACCCUUGGAACAUCACAGAAGUCGCUGAUGCAAUUGCCAGAGCUCUAAAUAUGCCAUCUGUGGAAAGAGAAAAGAGACACAAGCAUAAUUUUCUUCAUGUAAAAUCCCACACUGCUCAAGAAUGGGCAGGAACUUUUGUAAGCGAACUAAAUGAUACUGUUAUUGAGGCACAACUAAGGACAAAACAAGUUCCGCCCCGGCUUCCAACCAAGACUGCAAUGGAACGUUUUCUGCAGUCAACUAAUCGAUUGCUUAUUUUGGGAUUCAAUGGAACUUUAACUGAACCAGUCGAGAAAACAGGUGAUCAGAUUAAAGAAAUGGAACUUAAGGUGCAUCCAGAAUUGAGAAAACCCUUGACAGCACUUUGCAGUGACCCAAAUACCACUGUUGUUGUGCUCAGUGGAAGUAGUAGAAAUGUCCUAGAUAAUAACUUCAAAGAAUAUGACAUGUGGUUGGCAGCAGAGAAUGGGAUGUUUUUACACCCUUCAAAGGGUGAAUGGAUGACAACAAUGCCAGAACAUCUGAAUAUGGAAUGGGUUGACAGUGUGAAGCAUGUUUUUGAGUACUUCAGAGAAAGAACACCUCGAUCAUAUUUUGAAGAAAGGGAGGCUUCACUUGUAUGGAAUUACAAAUACGCAGAUGUUGAGUUUGGAAGACUUCAAGCAAGAGACAUGCUGCAGCAUCUCUGGACAGGUCCAAUUUCUAAUGCUUCAGUUGAUGUUGUUCAAGGGAGUCGAUCUGUUGAGGUGCGAGCUGUUGGUGUUACAAAGGGUGCCGCUAUUGACCGCAUCCUGGGUGAGAUAGUCCACAGUAAAUCCAUGACAUCACCAAUUGAUUAUGUUCUUUGUAUAGGACAUUUUCUGGGGAAGGAUGAAGAUAUUUAUGCCUUUUUUGAGCCUGAUCUUCCUUCUAUUGGUGUGGGUCUUCCACGAAGCAAAGUAACAGAUGGAGUUAAGUUUCCUGUUGAGAAGAGACCAUCUUUGAAGAUCCCAGCUAGUACAAAUGGACCAAAGUCAUCUCAAAAUAAGGCACAGCGACCAGUGUCGAAUUCUGAGAAGAAAACGAGUAACCAUAUCUGCAAUGCACCAUGGCAACCAGCUCCUGAAAAGGUAUCAUGGAACGUCCUUGACCUUAAGAAAGAGAAUUACUUCUCAUGUGCUGUUGGGCGAACACGAACAAAAGCUCGGUAUACACUUGGAACCUCAGAUGAUGUUGUUGCAUUUCUGAUGGAACUAGCGGAUGCAUCUUUGAACUCUUUACCACCGAGUUAAAAAUAUUUAAUGCUUCUGUACCCUUGGCCUAGGGAUACUUAACAGUUUCAGAAUUUGGCACACCCUUCAUACCCACCCCAAAAACUAGAGUGUUCUAACUUCUACCCAUAAUAGAAAUGGGGAGACAAAUUAAAGUUAAAAGAAAAAAACCAGGAAGAUUGAUGUUCUCCAAUCAUUAAGAAUUUAGGUCUGUUAGUCUCACUAACAUUUGUAUAAUAGUACUUCAUGUAGUUAUGUUUUACUUUAUCUUAUGCGUAAAAUUGUUGCC